GAACACAGCAAAACUGCUCAGCUAAUCAUUCGUUUUGCAAACGCGUUAUUAGACAGACGUUUAUAAAUUUCCUGUUCUUGCCAGCGUUUGCAUCAAAACCACUGAUUGUGAAUUAAAAAAAAAAAAAUACAUACAGUGCUAAUAAAUAAAUCUAGUAUAAGAUUUGGAGGAGAGGAGCUAUUUUUUGAAGCGGGCCAAAGACGAAAUGGGCGCCGUUAAUAGAUCAAUUUCUGACAAAAUGGCGUAUCUAUUGCGUUUGAGCGCACUUUUGUUGUUGUUUAUUUUUGUUGCGAAUAUUGAUAAGACCAGCGCCGCUUUGGGUCGUUUUCGUAACGGGCGCUAUGAUGAUGGUUUCCUUGGCGAACCCAGCAAAUUCGAAUCGGUGCGACAUAAGCCGGCACCCGAAGAUAAAUGGUUCGAACAAAAGUUGGAUCAUUUUGGCGAAAAGAAUAAGGAUGUCACCUGGAAGCAGCGUUAUUUUGUUAACGAUGAAUUCUAUCGCAACGACAGCACAGCGCCCAUUUUUCUAAUGAUUGGCGGCGAAGGUGAGGCAUCGAAACGUUGGAUGUCCGAGGGCGCUUGGAUUAAGUAUGCUGAACAAUUUGGUGCGCUUUGUUUUCAAUUGGAGCAUCGGUUUUACGGAAAGAGUCAUCCUACAAACGACCUCUCCACCAAAAAUCUUGCCUAUCUCACCUCCGAGCAAGCCUUGGCGGAUUUGUCCAACUUUGUUCAGAGCAUGAAACAAGAAUAUAAUUUGGGUGCUAACCAAAAAUGGAUAGCCUUCGGUGGUUCUUAUCCGGGCUCGUUGGCAGCCUGGUCGCGCGAAAAAUAUCCUGAGCUAAUACAUGGCGCUGUUAGUUCUAGUGGACCAUUAUUGGCUAAGGUUGAUUUCAAAGAAUAUUUCGAAGUAGUAAAAGCUUCUUUGGCCACUUACUCGCCCGCCUGUUUAGAAGCAGUUGGCCGUGCCUUUGCACAAGUUGAGAUUCUGACACGUCACAUGAUCGGCCAGCGUAAUUUGGAUGAGAAAUUUAAAACCUGUACACCAAUCAAGGACUCAAUAGAUAAUCCACUGGACAUGUCCAACUUCUUUGAAGCUUUGGCUGGCAACUUUGCUGGUGUCGUGCAAUACAACAAGGACAAUCGGCCCAGUGCCACAUACACUAUCGAUGAUCUUUGCAAUGUUAUGGUUAAUACGACCAUCGGGCCACCUGUAACUCGUCUCGGUGUCGUUAACGACAUGCUCUUGCAGGAUGCUAAGGAGAAGUGUUUGGAUUACAAGUAUGAUAAAAUGAUCGCUGAACUAAAAGAAACUGCAUGGGGUGCUAAAGCUUGCAAUGGCAGUCGCCAGUGGACCUACCAGACUUGCAAUGAAUUCGGUUUCUAUCAAACGUCGGAUAAUGAGAGCGACACAUUCGGCGAUCGAUUUGCAGUUGACUUUUUCAUUAAACAAUGCAUGGAUAUUUACUCAGAGAGCAUGGACGCAAAGUACUUGCAGCAGGUUGUUUCGCAGACAAAUAAAUACUAUGGCGCUCUAAAACCCAAUACAACAAAUGUACUCUACGUGCAUGGCUCCAUUGAUCCAUGGCAUGCGCUUGGCUUGACGAAAUCUAAGAAUCCGAAGCAACCCACAAUCUACAUCGAAGGCACUGCACACUGUGCUAAUAUGUACGAACCAGCUAAAACCGAUCCACCACAAUUGGUGGAGGCUCGUAACAAAAUCAUUAAAUAUCUUGCCCAGCUAUUGGAGAAUUUUAGUAUGGAAAGAGCCUAAAGGGCUAUUAAAAUUUAAUAUUUUUAAUUGAGGAGAGCAAGUUGGUUAGUUUUUUAUUUUAUUUUAUGAAUGAAACUCGAAUAUUGGAGAACAAACUGUAUCGAAUAUGUGUAUGGAUAUUUUUUUUUAUAUAAAUAAACUAAAAUAUUAACAUUGC